AGCGAGCUGGUACCGCCGAGCUGGGCGCGCAGGGUCCGGAGGGCGGGAGCGCCAGGGCGCUGGAGCCGGUGGGACAGGGACCCCAGGGCGGAGGAGGCGUGCCCUGGGCCGGAGCCGCAGCCCCGACCUGAAGAGUGAGGGGAGGGAUCUGCGAGUGAUGUCAGAUUUUAGGUGAUGGGCAGAUCAGAAAGUCAGAUGGAUAUAACUGAUAUCAACACUCCAAAGCCAAAGAAGAAACAGCGAUGGACCCCACUGGAGAUCAGUCUCUCAGUCCUUGUCCUGCUCCUUACUAUCAUAGCUGUGACGAUGAUAGCACUUUAUGCAACCUAUGACGAUGGUAUUUGCAAGUCAUCAGGCUGCAUAAAAUCAGCUGCCCGACUGAUCCAGAACAUGGAUGCCACCGUUGAGCCUUGUACAGACUUUUUCAAAUAUGCCUGCGGAGGCUGGUUGAAACGCAACGUCAUUCCCGAGACCAGCUCCCGUUACAGUACCUUUGACAUUUUAAGAGAUGAGCUAGAAGUCGUUUUGAAAGAUGUCCUUCAGGAAUCCAAAACAGAAGACAUAGUAGCAGUGCAGAAAGCAAAAACACUGUACAGGUCUUGUAUAAAUGAAUCUACUAUUGAUAGUAGAGGUGGAGAACCUCUACUCAAACUGUUACCAGAUAUAUAUGGGUGGCCAGUAGCAACAGAAAACUGGGAGCAAACAUAUGGUACUUCUUGGACAGCUGAGAAAUCUAUUGCACAACUGAAUUCUAAGUAUGGGAAGAAAGUCCUUAUUAAUUUUUUUGUUGGCACUGAUGAUAAGAACUCUAUGAACCAUAUAAUUCAUAUUGACCAACCUGGACUUGGCCUUCCUUCCAGAGACUACUAUGAAUGUACUGGAAUAUAUAAAGAGGCUUGUACAGCAUAUGUGGAUUUUAUGAUUUCCGUGGCCAAAUUGAUUCGUCAGGAAGAAGGAUUGCCCAUUGAUGAAAAUGAGCUUUCUUUGGAAAUGAAUAAAGUUAUGGAAUUGGAAAAAGAAAUUGCCAAUGCUACAGCUAAACCCGAAGAUCGAAAUGAUCCUACGAUCCUUUAUAACAAAAUGACAUUGGCCCAGAUCCAAAGUAACUUUUCACUAGAGGUCAAUGGGAAGCCAUUUAGCUGGUCGGAUUUCACAAAUGAAAUCAUGUCAACUGUGAAUAUUAAUAUUUCAAAUGCAGAAGAUGUGGUUGUUUAUGCUCCAGAAUAUUUAAUCAAACUUAAGCCCAUAUUUACCAAAUAUUCUGCCAGAGAUCUUCAAAAUUUAAUGUCCUGGCGGUUCAUAAUGGAUCUUGUAAGCAGCCUCAGCCGGACCUACAAGGAGUCCAGAAAUGCUUUCCGCAAGGCUCUUUAUGGCACAACAUCAGAAACAGCGACUUGGAGACGUUGUGCAAACUAUGUCAAUGGGAAUAUGGAAAAUGCCGUGGGAAGGCUUUAUGUGGAAGCAGCAUUUGCUGGAGAGAGUAAACAUUUGGUUGAGGAUUUGAUUGUGCAGAUCCGAGAAGUUUUUAUUCAGACUUUAGAUGACCUCACUUGGAUGGAUGCUGAAACAAAAAAGAAAGCUGAAGAAAAGGCUUUAGCAAUUAAGGAAAGGAUUGGCUAUCCUGAUGACAUUCUUUCAAAUGAUAGCAAACUGAAUAAUGAAUACCUGGAGCUGAGCUACAAUGAAGAUGAAUACUUUGAGAACAUAAUUCAAAAUCUGAAAUUCAGCCAAAGGAAACAACUAAAGAAGCUUCGAGAAAAGGUGGACAAGGAUGAGUGGAUAAGCGGAGCAGCUGUAGUCAAUGCAUUCUAUUCUUCAGGCAGAAAUCAGAUAGUCUUCCCCGCUGGCAUUCUGCAGCCCCCCUUCUUUAGUGCCCAGCAGUCCAACUCGUUGAACUAUGGGGGUAUCGGCAUGGUCAUAGGACAUGAAAUCACCCAUGGCUUCGAUGACAAUGGCAGAAACUUUAACAAAGAUGGAGACCUCGUCGACUGGUGGAGUCAAGAGUCUGCAAAUAACUUUAAAGAGCAAUCCCAGUGCAUGGUGUACCAGUAUGGAAACUUUUCCUGGGACCUAGCAGGUGGACAGCACCUCAAUGGAAUUAAUACACUGGGUGAAAAUAUUGCUGAUAAUGGAGGUAUAGGCCAAGCAUACAGAGCCUAUCAGAAUUAUAUUAAAAAGAAUGGUGAAGAAAAAUUACUUCCUGGACUUGACCUAAAUCACAAACAGCUGUUCUUCUUGAACUUUGCCCAGGUGUGGUGUGGGACCUAUAGGCCAGAGUAUGCGGUCAACUCCAUUAAAACAGAUGUGCACAGUCCAGGCAAUUUCAGGAUUAUUGGGACUUUGCAGAACUCUGCUGAGUUUGCAGAAGCCUUUCACUGCCUCAAGAAUUCAUACAUGAAUCCAGAAAAGAAAUGCCGGGUUUGGUGAUUUUCAGAAGAAGCAAUGCAGCCCUUGACUAGACUUGCGGACACCGCAGAAGUGGAGAAGUCUCCAGCCGAGAGAAAAUGGCCCUAGCAGUCACUUUGGUUUUGGGGAUAAUUAACAGAGAUGAGAGCAUCAUAAUACAGAUGAAAUUAGGUUUUCUAGAAAGGGUACGGAGGGAGGAAGGGGUCCUAAGGUCUAUCAAAUCAAUCACUUCCCACUGUAAAUGCUUAUUUCUAAAGAUAAUAUUUUCAUUCAUUUCUGUUUCUCGUAUGGUCUGCUGGUUUGAUGUUGUCCCUAGAAAACAGUAUCAACCCCUUGAGGUAGAUGGGAUUCUAAUCAAAGGGAGAAAGAAGAUGUUGAAGAAUACACCUGGGCAUCAGAAGAAGAGCAGUGGUGACAUGACGUUUAAAACAUGUCGCUGAGGCUCUUACUUUUACUUGCAACAUGUGUCCUCCUUCAAAACCCUUCCAAAGAAUCUUAUGCACAUGGGGCCUUGGAGCUUAUAGUUUUAAACUUAUUUUGCCAUGCCUCUGUUACUCAUUCUGCAACCAUGUUAUUUUAAGCACUCAGGCAAAAAUGAAUGUUUAUUGUACUCGCUUUGACUGAUACUGAGAUUCUUUGAGGACCCUUGCAAUUUUCUAAUCAAUUUCUUGCUCGCUCGCUCUCACAAACCUUGGCCUUUUUAAGAGAUUUUUGGUAAUGUAUAAAUAAUAAUUUUUAUAUUUAAUUAACUACAUUUAUGACUAAGUAACUGUUAUUAUAGAUGAUGAUUGAACAUUGAAGUUUCAGACCAAGAUAUGUAAAGUGAUGUAAAGGUGAAAAUGUGAGACAUUUUAAACUUAUCAAUCAUAUUGAUGAAAAGCUUUAAACACAAACUUUGGGGCAAAAAUUGGCAUUAGACAGUUGUCUAGAGAUAUGUAUUACUUGUGGUUUACAAGCAGGAUUUUCGGCAUUAAAUCUGUCCCUGAUGGUGGCUACGAUAGAAGGACAGAACUACAUCUAUGUAGCGCUGGAUCUGCUUAUCUUUUCAGGUUUGCCACCUGAUGGAAACAUUUUGAUAAUAAAUUGAAGUUGUGAGCCAUUACUCACUAGGUUUGGGUGCCAGCUGUCUAGCUGUAGGAAGUGCGGUUCUGAACAGCAGUGAAAGGCCUCUGGUGGAUCUGCUGCUUCUACAACUCUCAGUCACAUAGAGUUCUGAAAGGGGACUGUCUAGUCCCUGAUAGGAAUUCUUCUCUUGAGGCUUUCAUGUUUCUCUCUUUUCCUGUCCUAUUGGCUAGUUUAGUUCAUUUCAUUACCUGAUUAAGAUUUUACAAAAGAAAUGCACUUCCAAAAUUCUUAUUUUUCCCAACAGAAGAUGAAAGUGAGGGAAUUUUCUUCCAAAAUAUAGGUGUUGGUUUUGCUGCCUCUUGAAAACUGCCCAUAUGCCUUUAAAAAAAAGUUAUUGAAAUAUAACAUAUAUACAGAAAUCGCAUAAAGCAGGUGUACAGCUCAAUGAACUCACUCCAACUGAACACAGCCCCGUAGCCAGCACUUAUAACAAACAGAACAUUAUUAGCAUCCCAGAAGAUCCCCUUAUCACUUUAUUUUUCUAAAGACAACUACUGUUCUGACUUCCAAUAUCAUAUACUAGCUUUGCCUUUCUCUCUUUUUUAUAUGAAUAGAAUUAAUCAUUCUGUAUGCUUUUGGUCUGGCUUGUUUGUCUCAGGCUUACACGUGUGAUAUGCAUCUAUAUUGUUGCGUUGAUUGUGGAUCUUUCAUUCUCAUUGCUGAAUAAUAUUCUGUUGUGUGACUGUACUCCAAUUCAUCCAUCCCUUUGGUGUGGGCACUUGAGAAGUUUCCAGUUUGGGCUGUUACGAAUAGUGCAAUUAUGAAUAUGCUUACAUAUUACCAUCUUUACUUGAGCCUUUAAUGGACUUAUUUCCCCUAGUCCUUCUGAAAAUUAUUAUAAAUAUUGAAAAGAUAGUUUCAGACUAAUAUGAAUAUCCUUAGCCUUUCCCAACCACCAUUAUCACAACCACCAUUAUCAUGGAUAAUUCGAGUAUACUUAACAUCUAUAUUUCCUUAAAAUAAACUUAAAACAUACCUAAGUGAUAUUUGUAGUUGCAGUAAUAGGAGUUUCCAGCUCUGAACCAAACAGCUAUUUCUUCUGAGUUCUUCUAUUCCCAUCCUGUCAGAGUGGGUAAAGAGUGACUAGUACAAAUUAUAAGAAGCCACUGGAUUCCCCACUGCUAGCUCUCUCAAACAUCAGGCUCCCAUGCCUAGGGAAGAGCAGCUUUCCAGUGCCUAGAUCCCCACUCUCUAGACAUAUAAGAUUUGCUGAGGUGAAGGGUAAAUCAAAGUCAGCAUGGUGAAACCUCUAUCCUUCACACAUCCGUGUACUCUUUUUGAGGCAUAUGGAGGCUUAUGAUCUCUCAACCACCACCAGUUGUUUGGAGUUGUCACAUCAUAUAAGACAUAUCUAUAAUCUCACUCAUAAAUCUAGGUCAACCAUGGCUGAGUUCUGGUCAAGGAAAGAGAGUUUAGCAACUGAGUCACGAUGGGUUGGGAGCUGAUGUCACUAAAGAAUGAAGAUGGAAAGAACCUCUUGGCAGUACCUGUGGAUAAGGUGUCUGCCCCCAUAGUACAAUGUCCACAUGGAUUCUAGGUGCAAGGUGGAAAGGAUGUUAUCCUGGGAGAAGAGUCCUUGUUCUGGUCCUAUUCUGCCACCACUGUCAAGGGGACCUGGGGCAUUUGCGAUGUUUUUUUGGAUCUCUGCUUCUGCCACCUAAGUAAAAGAGAAUUAGAUUCUAUCAGUGGUUCUCAGGAAAAGGAGUAGGUGUCCAAUGCUGCCUUAUCUUUAAUCCAUUCCCCCAGUAAAGAACCACUCAGCAAGAUAAUCUCAAAACUCCCAUUUUUAAUGCCUGUGUCCAAUUAAACCACAUUUUAGUCCAAAGAACAAGAACCAAGGAUUUAUUGAAUUUGCGUCUGUGCUGCUGUUCGUAUUAGGAGUUUAGAUGGGGCAAAAGCUGGCUAGUUUUUUCAAAAGUAUGUAUCAUUUCAGUUGCCACAGAGGGAGCUAUCAAAGUAGAAGAUGCCUGUUAUUUGGAAAGAAAAUAAGACUCCACUCUGUCAAAGAUGGACAGUCAGAAAUUUAUAUCAGGUUCCAGACUCAAAAUGCAAAAUAAAAACAUUUUUUAUACUAUUGUUUUUAUGCCUAGUCAACUCUGUUCCAACCUCCCUGUAAACCUCCACCCCAUUUAUGUCUUGAAAAAUGUUGAGACUAACUGGAGCUUUUAUGUCUGUGUGAUCUUACACUCCUGCUAACUUCAAAUCGAAUCUUUUAAAAAUGAAUGAUAGAAACUAUUUUGCCAUUUUUUUUGUUUGUUUGUUUUUACCACCCCUUUUUCCAAAGAUAACCAUUGUUUGCUGAUUGCAUUUGUUUUCAGAAGUGAAGUGAAAUGGUUGCCAAAUGUUACAGGAAGUUGCAAGCAUUAGCAGAUGAUUUAGAGAGCCAGAAGUGAAUGUCUCUGUGCACUGUCUCUGGGCUGAGGAACUUGACCUUUUGUCUGAUCAGUCAGAAAGAGGAGUCACAUCUGACUGGUGUCAAAAUGGCACGUUUCUUGCAUUCUAAUCUUUUCUCUAACAAUUUUUUUAAAAUUUCAGCUCCUUUGUAUUUUGCGUUUUCUCUAAAGCAGUGAAAAACACUACUGUCAUUUUCAACUUCAGACAAAAUGCUGUGUUCCUAUUUUGUUUGAUAGAAAAAAUCUUCUCAGUUGUGCAGAGGAAGCAUGGCAGAAAAAUAUGCAUUUCUCCUGCUGGAAAUGAUGAUGGGUCCUCAGCUUGGGAGUGUGGAUAAAGACUGGAAAGUCUAGUGUUUAUGCUUAAUUUUUAUUCUCCUGAAUUUCCUUUCCACCCACAAACUAAAAAUUUUUGCAGGUAUCAGGCAUAUUAACAUUUGAUUGCAUUCCUAUAAAUGUGCUUGGUAUAUCUCUAAUCUGAUCAUCUCAAAUUAUAAUAAAUCCUAAACAUUUACUCUAUGUGCAGGAAGACACAUAUGGGGUCGAAUACCUGGUUUAUCAUGUACCUUGGUGUAAAUCUUUUACACAUGCCAUAAAUGCUCUAUGUCCCUUGAAGUACAGCACCAAAGAGGUAAUGCUAAGAUUUUCAUGGCAGCUUUAUAAUACCAAAGAAAUAGGGAUACAAAAACUAAAUAGCAGAAAAUGUUUAGAUUUGUUAAAUGAAAAUACAAAAAAGACACAAUGUUGAAUAUGCAUUAUCAUUUCAACUAUAUUAAAGUACAGUUACAUAGAAAUAGAGUUGGAAGAAUAAAUUACAAAAAUUAACCCAGGAGUAUCUCUAGGUGGUAGUAUUGUAAGUGAUUCUUAUUUUCGUUUUUUGGUUUUUCACAUUUAAAAUUUUUCUGUAAUGGGAAAAUGUUACUCUUAAAAAGUAGUUUUUAAAAUGUUACAUAGAGGAAAGGCAGGAAGUAUGGAAGGGAGGGGAAUGAGGGAAAAAUCGACCAAAAAAGAGAAAUAUAAUUUCCAUGAAUUUAAGGUUUGUUAAUUCAUUUAAGGGGCUAUUCAGUUUGGUGUCUUAGGCAACUUAGACCCAAGGGACCUGGUGCAGUGGAUUUUGGUCAAGAGUCUCCCCCUGUCCCUCAACCCCCUUGUACCCCCCACAGAACAGGCCAGAUCUCACAGUCGAUGAGGUCGGCUUGACACUGCUUAAUACAGAGUAGAGGAAGUUGGUGGACCUUCCUCUGACUUUGCUUGAAAUGGUCCUGUGAGAACAAAGCAUGUGCUCUAGAGGGCUUUUGGAGUUUUUUCUUGAAAAUGCUAAAGGGUUGACUGAUCCAGCCACACUCUCCCACCUGGUAUAUCCUCCAGGCAAACACCUGGCAUUUGCCAAACCCUGAGCAGGAUUAAGGAUACAGCCUAAGUCUGUGCAACAGAAACCAGCAGAUCAUAUGGUGAUCAGACCUAAGUGUUUCACCUGGUAGGCACCAUGGUUUAACUGGAGGUCAGAUGCUAAGAUUUAGAGGUCGAAUAGGAAGGAGACAGAAGGUUACAGCUAAUCCCAGGUGACUCGCUGUUUUUAUAUGCUUGCUUGUUAAACUUUGGUUGCAAAUGUGAAAAUUGAACUUACACUAGGUUAGCCAAAACUGGAGAUUUUGUUGAUCCACAUUACAAAUACGGAGUAACUGGGCCUUCUUUCCAUAUGUCUGUUUUCACAGACUGGCUUUCUCCAAAAUAAAGCCAUGUUGGUCAACCAUAA